AUGACAAGGGGAAGAGGCACUAAACGUAGUUGGGGAGGUCGUGGGGGCAUGUCUAACAAAGGGGGAGAAGGCUACCAACAACUACCGAACACUUCUCAUGCCAAUAUUAGUGAACCAUCACCCCCUACAUCUCAACAAGUUGGUUCAAACCAACAUAUUAUCUCGUCUCAUGAAAGUAGAUUUCGGCAGCUUAUAUGUACAUCUCAAGAUGUUCAUGCUCAACAAACAACUUCUGCUUCUCAAAAUGUUGGUGGUCAACAAGCAACUCCUGCUUCCCUGAAUAUUGGUCAUCAACAAGCACCUCGUUCUUCUCAGGAUGUUGUUGCAUCUUAUGGAAGUAGUAAUCCACAGGCAAGACGAGAUACAACUCGUGGAAUAAUAUCUUUGAAAGUAAACGGAGACACAUUUUGCCCACAUGAAGCUGUUCGGAAUGUAACAAUAACCUUUAAGAAAAGCUUCUCUGGAUCAUGGCAUUGUUGGAGCAAAGUUCCGGAGCAUUACGAGAUAGAUGGUUCAAUGACUUCGAGGUAUUUAUACUUAACUGUCAAAAAAUAUUCUUUUCCUAGUGAGGAUAAAGUUUUUAUUCGACGGACUUUUGAGCAUGUGGGGAGUGAAAGGUUAAAUGACAGUUUGGGAAAAGCAAAAAGACAAUUUUCAAAAACAAAAGAAAUACCGGGAUGGAUUGCUAAAGAUCACUGGGACGCUUUGAUGGAAUAUUGGAACUCUGAGAAUUUUAAAAAGAAAUCAGAAAUCAACUCGAAGAACAGAAUGUCAUCUAAUAAUGGAGAAGGUCCUUCCUUACAUACCGGAGGAUCAGUUGCAUUUGCUGAAUACAGAAGAAGACACAAGGAGCUAACAGGGAAAGAUCUCCGUAAUGAUGAAUUAUUUCUGAAGACUCACAAAACCAAAAAUGAAAAGAAGUGGAUAUGUGGAAAGUCAGAAAGGAUGUGG